AUGCACGGGAAGGACUGUGUCAAAGUGGCCAUCAGAGUCCGUCCCUUCAACAAGAGAGAGAGGGAUGCAGGCAGCCACUGUGUCGUCUCCAUGGUGUCAAGCUCCAUCACCAUCCAGGACCCACGUGACUCUCAGACCCGACGCUCGUUCUGCUUCGACUAUGCCUACUGGUCCCACAGCGGCUUCUCUCGAGACCGCAAGGGCCUCUACGUGCCUGAGGAGGAGGGGGGGCGAUACGCUGACCAGGACAGUGUGUUCCAGGACCUGGGAGAAGGAAUACUGGACAAUGCCCUGCAGGGCUACAAUGCCACGCUGUUGGCCUACGGGCAGACCGGCUCGGGGAAGAGUUACUCCAUGGUGGGCUACGGGCCCAACAAAGGUCUGGUUCCUAAACUCUGUGAUCGACUGUUUGAGGCGAUCAGAGAAAACCAGGAUACCAGACAGUGUCAGGUCUUUUUCAGUAUGAUGGAAAUCUAUAAUGAGCAGGUAAUUGACCUGCUGUCUCGGGGGUCUCGCACGUCUGGGGCCCUCAGAGUUCGAGAGGAGCAGCAUAGAGGUUUCUAUGUGGAGGGUCUCCGUACUGUCCCCUGUGACAGUGCACAACAGGUGGAGCAGCUGAUGGAACAGGGCACCAGGACUCGAACCACAGCUGCUACUCACAUGAACGCCAACAGCAGUCGCUCACACAUGCUGAUCGUCCUCCAGCUCAAACAGAUUUUUUCCAAAGAGAGCAUCACGAAGCAGUCCAACAUCAACCUGGUGGACCUGGCCGGUAGUGAGCGUCAGAGGUCGUCGGGGUCAGAGGCCGACAGACUCAAAGAGGGCACAGCCAUCAACCUGAGCCUCACCACCCUGGGCAACGUCAUCAGUGCUCUUGCCGAUGUGGCUGUGGGGAAGAAGGUCGUCCACAUUCCUUACAGAGACUCAGUUCUCACCAAGUUGCUGCAGUCUGCACUGGGAGGCAACAGUCGCACUGUAAUGAUUGCCACACUGAGCCCUGCUGACAUCUGCUUUGAGGAGUCUCUCUCAACACUGCGCUAUGCGGAGAGGGCAAAGCGUAUCCAGAACAAGGCAGUGGUGAACGAGAGCCCGACCGAGCGUCUGGUCAAAGAGCUGAAGGCAGAAAACGCCAGACUCCUGCAGCGACUGGGCCGGCUGGGCCAGGAGGGACGCAGAGCCCACGAUGAGACCAAAGAGCUCCGUCAGCUGCUGACUCAUAACGAACUCCAGAUCAGAGCCAUUCAGACUCUGUGGGAACAGCACCUGCAGGAGGCGCUGAAGGACUGGGAGCAACAGUAUGCUAACAUCACACAGGAGAGGAGGAUGAUGCAGAUGCAUCCCUACAUCCUGAACAUCAACGAGGACGCUCAGCUGUCUGGAGUGGUCAAGCUCUUCAUCCAGGAGGGUGAAUGGGACAUCGGCCUGUGUGACUCUUCUCUGAGCUCCAUCUCUAUCAAGGGCCUUGGGAUCCAGGAGCGACAUGCCGUCUUCAGGAAUGAACAGCGCCGCGUGACACUGACACCUCAGCCAGGGUCAAAGGUCAUUGUCAAUGGACACGCUGUUUCCCAGACAGCUGAGCUGCAGCACCUGGACCGCCUGGUUCUAGGCUCCAACUGCACCUACCUGUUCAUUGGUUAUCCAUCAGAGAGGGGGGGGGACGACUGGAGCCGCUACGACUACGACUACUUCCAGUCUGAGCUUGCAGCUGCUGAGGGCGUCCACCUGGGUGAGUCCAGCGCUGAGAGCACUCACACGGACCCCAGUCUGCUGGCCGUGUUCUACGACUACAUCAAACUGAUGCCUAUGGUGGCCGAGGCCAAUCAGAUGAGCCAGGAGCUGAGCAAGGAGGUGGAGUUUAAGUUGGAGAUCAAGAAUUUGGCGCUGUCUGAUCCAAAAGGCCACGAUCUGGAGAAAGAGAUUGUUUGCAGAAUCACAUCGACGGGAAGAAAACAGGUUUGGAUGUGGUCCAAGACCAAGUUUGUGAACCGAAAAUUCCUGAUGGAAGAGGUUUAUCAGCAGCAUCAGGCUGAGCAGAGUGAGAUCAAUGUAAUAGAAGGGCUGUCUGCCGCUGCGUUACCCAGAGAGAAGGAUCCCUUCUGGGAUCCAGUGGAGCCUCUGCUCCUGGGCACCGCUCACCUCUGGCUUCAGUCUCUGGCCUUCCGCAUCCCUCUUGAGGAGCAGCUGGAGGUGCUGGGGUCAGAGGGCACAGAGGAGGCCAUUCUACAAGCUCAGCUGGUUCCCUGCAACUCCACUGGACUCCCACUCGGUGAAGACGACAUCCUGAUCGAUCCGUCUGAGUUACUGGGGCGACGACUGGACUUCCAACUGGUCCUGGAACAGUGUUGUGGUCUGCGCUGGAUCAGAGAGGCCCGCAAUAGAGGGGUUCAGUUUGGUUUUAGGAUGUUUGACUGCAGUCAGCCUCUCUACACUCCAGCUGUGUGGCACAACCUCAACCCUCUGCUGGACCACAGAGUCCACUUUGCCUCCCUCCACACCUCCCAGCGUCUGCUGGACUACCUGCAGAGCAGCGCUGUCGUGCUGGAGCUGUGGGGCCUUCAAGAUGGUUGCACCGACUUGGUGUCGUCUCUGGAGGGAGUGAGGAUGACGACAGACGGUGUGUUCAUCCUCGACGAGGAAGGCCCAACAAACGCUCCUGUAAACUCUGCGGAGCUCAGCUGUUCAGUGAGAGCUCUGCUACAGGAUGUGGAACAACUAAAGAGUGAUAAUGCUUUGCUGAGAAAAGAAAAUCACUGUCUGAGGGAACAACUCAACACGACCAGGAACGGUGGGGAUGGUGGCCGUAGUCGGUCGCUGCGUCCCAGCUGCGAUGCAGAAUUUGCCCGUGCUCUCAAGGUUUUCUACCACAGCAUGACCUCAGUCAGGGGUCAGCUUCAGCGCCUGCGCAGACACAGGCCCAGUGAGGAGUCUGACCUGCUGGGGCUCAGACUGUUUAUAGAUGAGCAGGGUCGUCGGAUGAGAGACUUCUCAGAGCAGCUAGAACAAAGUGUGUCCACGCUAAAACACGAUGUCGCUGCCAUUGUCCGUCGGAAACGUGAACGAUCAGGAAUCUGGUCUUGA